GUCAGAACAGUCGACCGGCUUGUCUACAUCACGAUCACACUCACAGCCCAGUAAAACAGGGAUGAGAGCCGCCAACAACAACAUCUGCACAAGAGAGAGAAAGAGGUGAACAUCAGUCUGAAAUGAAGGUAAAAACCAUGUCAAGAUAAAACAAAUCUCUGCUGUGAUCUACUGAGGAGAGAUUGAGAAGAUGGCAUUGAUGGUGUUUCUAGCUGUUCUUCUCUCUGUUGUUCUGGCGAGCGGGUGCAGUAAUGAUAAAGAUAUGCCGGUCGACUGUUCUGACGUCUAUAAAUCAGGACAAAAGCUCAGUGGGAUUUACUCCAUCUAUCCAGCAGGUGACUUUCCUGUCUGGGUUUACUGUGACAUGAUCUCAGAUGGGAAAGAUGAAGAUAAAGGAGGAUGGACGGUGAUUCAGAGGAGAAUGGACGGCAGUGUGAAUUUCUAUCGGCCGUGGAAUCAGUACAAGAGAGGAUUUGGGAAUGUGGAGAGUGAAUACUGGCUGGGGCUGGAGAACAUGUACCAGCUGACACAGAACAGGAAGUACAUGCUGAGUGUGGAUCUGGAGGACUUUGAAGGAAGGAAAGGUUUUGCUCUGUACUCGUCCUUCUCUGUGGAUUGUGAAACUGACGGGUAUAAACUGCAUGUUUCAGGGUUCAGUGAUGGAGGAGCAGGUAGGACAUUUUCAUUCACAUUUAAAAAAAAAAAUAAAAAAUAUCACACUUCAGUAAAUGUGCACCUGAUGUCCUCAAUGAUGCUUUUCUUCUCUGCAGGCGACUCUCUGGCCCACCACAAUGGACAGAAGUUCUCCACCUUUGACAAGGAUCAAGACACCUGGGAUAGUAACUGUGCCAAACAGUAUCUCGGGGCAUUUUGGUACAACAGCUGUCACCAUGCAAACCCCAACGGUGUGUAUUUAUGGGGAGAAGAUCCCACCAUAUUCGCCAUUGGAAAUGUUUGGAACACCUGGAAAAACAAUUACGCUGUUGGUAUGAAAUUCAUCAGCAUGAAGAUCAGACGCAUGUCUUAGACCUUUUAAGAAACAUUACAGUGUUUCUCAGAAACAAAUAAAACAAUUAAAUUAAGAUUUAAGGGUUUCCUUUCCUUUGGUGGGAUCCUGUGUAACGUAGUAAAUCAUGUAAGAAUACAUGGUAACACUUUAUUUUAGGGUCUUUUAACUAGUUGUUUAUUAGCAGCAUAUUACUAGAAUAUUGGCUGUUUAUUAGUACUUAUUAAGCACAUAUUAAUGCCUUAUUCUGCAUGACCUUAUUCUAUAUUCUUAAUCCUACCCAAUACCUAAACUUAUUUACUGCUUAUUAAUAGUUAGUAAGGUAGUUGUUUAGGAGUUUAUUGAGGGAAAAGUCGUAGUUAAUAGUGAAUACAUGUUCCCUAUACUAAAGUGUUACCGAAAAUAAAUAUAUAUAUAUACACACACACACAUAUACACAAAGUACAUGUGUGCAUGUGUGUGUAAGUUUACAACUUUAAUCAACAAUAAACUUCAAUAAACUCUUUUAAUGAAAGGCA